UGAGCGGGAGGCGCGAGCGGCGGUGGCCGAGGUUCCCCGCGCGGGGCCGCGGGUGGAGGCAGCAGCCGACAGAGAAACUGGAAAGGGAGGGAAAGGAGAGGACAGACACCUGGAGACCUUCACCACUUGUGAGGUGUCCCCCACCGCAGGUGGGGACCAGGGUAUCGAACCCAGGUCCUUGUGCAAGGGAGCACAAGCACUUAACCAGGUGCACCCCCGCCUGGCCUGGGGCCCACCCUGGGAGCUAGUCCUUACCCUGGCCCCACCCCCUAGGUGGCGGGCAGGAUGACUACGCUCACCCGACAGGACCUCAACUUUGGCCAAGUGGUGGCCGACGUGCUGUGCGAGUUUCUGGAGGUGGCGGUGCACCUGAUUCUCUACGUACGCGAGGUCUACCCGGUGGGCAUCUUCCAGAAGCGGAAAAAGUACAACGUGCCUGUGCAGAUGUCUUGUCACCCGGAGCUGAACCAGUAUAUCCAGGACACGCUGCACUGUGUCAAGCCGCUGCUGGAGAAGAAUGACGUGGAGAAGGUGGUGGUGGUGAUUCUGGACAAAGAGCACCGCCCAGUGGAGAAAUUCGUCUUUGAAAUCACACAGCCCCCAUUGCUGUCAAUCAACUCAGACUCCCUGCUGUCUCACGUGGAACAGCUACUCCGGGCUUUCAUCCUGAAGAUCAGCGUGUGUGAUGCCGUCCUGGACCACAACCCCCCAGGCUGUACGUUCACUGUCUUGGUGCACACGAGAGAGGCCGCCACCCGCAACAUGGAGAAAAUCCAGGUGAUCAAGGACUUCCCCUGGAUCCUGGCAGAUGAGCAAGAUGUGCACAUGCACGACCCCCGGCUGAUUCCCCUAAAAACCAUGACGUCAGACAUUCUGAAGAUGCAGCUCUACGUGGAGGAGAGGGCUCAUAAAAGCAGCUGAAGGCACCUGCCCAUCACUGAUGCAGAUGUGUCGGACCUCGGGGACCCCGUCUGCCCCCCUGAUGCCGAUGUGCCAGACCUCGGGGACCCCCUGCCGGACCCCCUGCCUGCCCCCCUGAUGCCGAUGUGUCGGACCUCGGGGACCCCCUGCCUGCCCCCCUGAUGCCGAUGUGUCGGACCCUGGGGACCCCCUGCCUGCCCCCCUGAUGCCGAUGUGUCGGACCUCGGGGACCCCCUGCCUGCCCCCCUGAUGCUGAUGUGUCAGACCCUGGGGACCCCAUGCCUGCCCCCCUGAUGCCGAUGUGUCGGACCCUGGGGACCCCCUGCCUGCCCCCCUGAUGCCGAUGUGUCGGACCCUGGGGACCCCCUGCCUGCCCCCCUGAUGCCGAUGUGUCGGACCCUGGGGACCCCCUGCCUGCCCCCCUGAUGCCGAUGUGUCGGACCCUGGGGACCCCCUGCCUGCCCCCGAUGCUGAUGUGUCGGACCCUGGGGACCCCCUGCCUACGGCCGGCCCGACUCCAAGUGCUCUUAUUGCCUCUGUGAUGGACUGUCCUCCUCCCGGACCCAGAGCUGCUCAGGACUGGUUACCGUCUGGAGGGUUCCCCCCAGGAUGGUGAAGGGCACCACGACCUCCAUGUCUCACCACAUGUGCUUAACCCGCUGCGCUACCACCUGCUCGGGACCUCCGUGUCUCCUGUCUCCAUGUCUCCAUGUCUGUCUCAGAUACUGUGCUGUGAGUAGUUUCAAUAAAGGAGCCCCAGUGGCUGA